UUCAUACACUGCCUUGCAAAUCAAACAAUACAAAUAGUUGAUACAAAUGACAGCUGGCGUAAUUAUCAGUCAUCAACCAUGAGAAUGUAAUUCAAAUUAAAACCCUACAACCCCCCCUCCAAAAAACAAACAAACAAAACAGACAAUAACUGAGUCCACUUCCAGACUUAAGAGGAGAGUGAAGGGAGUAAACACAAACACACAGAACAAAAACAACAACUGACAGAGGCUGCGGUGAACUGUUGGGUGAAGUUCAUCUUCAAACUUAAACACCAGAGAGCAUACAUUUUACCUGCUAAAGAGGAGAGUGAAGGGCGUAACUUUGUUUUUUCAAAACCUUUAUUUUGAAUAGUUUUAUAAAGAAUUGACGGCAUAUUUUUUUUGUAACAUUUGGUCAGUAUCUUUUUGGGGGGGAGCAGGGGGGGCACUACAGUGUAGGAGUGGUUAGCACAUCUGCCUCACAGUCAAGAGGUUUAGGGUUAAAAUCUCAACUCCAGCUUUCAUUUGGAAUUUUGAGUUUUGGUCCAUAUGUGCUUAUUUUCCUAAAAAAUUUUAAUUAGGUUAAUAAUUUAUUAUUGCCACAUUGGAGAAAUUGUUGCAGGAGAUAAGGGGAAAAGCAAAGUUUAAGUAUAAGAAUUGUCAUUAUAAUGAGAUAUUAAGUUGGCGUAAUGAAAACACUGCUGUACUGUAAACAAAGUAUGGAAUCAGAUCAGUUGUAACAGAAAUAUUGCACUUUUUUUUCAAAAUGUUGCCCAUUUAGCACUUUUGUACACCAGGGAAGAUCAUUCUGAGAGCAAAGUUAUAGAAAUAAAUAGUGGCAUCCAUUUAAAACAUUAAGAUCAAUGAAUUUCUUUUUGUAACUAUGAAAAAAAUGCAUAUUUGCAAUAGCGUUUCUUUAUGACCACGCCUCUAUAUAAAGCUAAGCCAAUAGAACGGGUUUAUUGUGACUGACGGCAAAACAACCCAAUGAGCGUUAGCUAAGCAAUCCGAAGAGCCAAUAGGAAAGACGUUGGCUAUGUAUGGGGCGGUGAUGCUGGAUUUACUAUGGCCGCCGUCAGCUGGAGCAGGCACAAGCGGAACUCCAAAUCAAACCAAAUCAUUUUAUUUUCUCUGCAAACGAUGACGCCUUUUAAGCUAUUGUCCUCUUUCAUUCUUUUAAUUGUUACCGUUGGCUACUGUUUCGCCGACGGUGACCACGAAAUGGAGGAGUUCCUGAAACGGGAGUAUUCCCUCACCAAGCCCUAUCAAGCUGUGGGGUCUUUAAGCUCCUCCCACUGGGAGCUGAUGGGCGAUGCCAUGGUAACCACCGAGCAGGUGCGACUCACACCUGACAUGCAGAGCCGACAGGGGGCAGUGUGGAGCCGCCUUCCUUGCCACCUGAACGACUGGGAGAUGCAGGUGCACUUCAAGAUUCACGGGAAAGGAAAGAAGAACCUCAAUGGUGAUGGCUUGGCUAUUUGGUACACUAAGGAGCGCAUGCAGAAAGGUCCUGUAUUCGGGAAUGAGGACAAUUUCACUGGAUUGGGACUUUUUGUGGACACGUAUCCCAAUGAGGAGAAACAACUAGAGGCACAAAAAAAGAGAUACACUCCGAGCACGCAGAGGGUGUUCCCCUUCGUUCUCGCCAUGGUGGGCAACGGCACCAUCAGCUACGACCACGAGCGGGACGGCCGGCCCACCGAGCUGGGGGGCUGCAACGCCAUGGUGCGCAACCUGAAGCACGACACCUUCCUCUUCAUCCGAUACGUCCGCCGCAGGUUGACGGUGAUGAUAGACAUUGACGGACAACACGAGUGGAGGGACUGUCUGGAUCUGCCUGGCGUGCGGCUGCCCAAGGGCUUUUAUUUUGGCGCCACCGCAAUUACAGGAGACCUCUCAGACAACCAUGACAUCAUUUCACUGAAACUCUACCAACUGACGGUGUUGCGGACCAAACAGGAAGAAGAAGAACAGGAGGAGGAAAUCACAAUACCCAGCGUGGAUAACAUAGAGCUGCUCAGAUUGGGUCGGACCGAGGAAGGAAUGAGCGGAUUGGCCGUUUUCUUCACGGUGCUCUUCUCCAUGUUGGGUUGCAUCUUCCUGGUGGUCGUCGGCCUGCUGCUCUACGGUCACUGGAACGAGAGCCGGCGCAAGCGCUUCUACUGAGGAGGGGAGUGGGGGGUGGGUUCGGGUAUGGAACUUAACUGCACUGAGUCCACACUGUGGCUGACACAUGUUGGUCGGUUUUGGCAAGAAAGACUUCACAGAGCAGGAUCCUCACACAAAACCUUAUGCUUAACCUCUUCUGAGCAGCACCAUCUGACUCUUAACUCUUUUACUGUUGAAUUGGCGUCCUCAAACCUUUUGGGUCCAGGGGAGAAUUUUUUUUCCAAACACUACUUCAUAAUCCUAAAACCAAUUAAACAUAACUACCACGUGUACUUCUCAAUGGCAUAGGAAUUCAAAGUUGAUCAAUUAUUAGGGGGGGAAAAAAGAGGCAUAAUGUUACACUAACAAAUUCAUAUCUUUUAGAUGGAAAGUUAUGAGAAUAAGUUGUAUUUUUUAAUGAAAAAAAUUCAUCUUUACAAGAACAAAAAACACGAGAAUAAUAUCACAAUGAUAUUAAAGGGUCAAUAUUACUAUGAAGUGCCUUUGGUGCGCUCAUCAGAAUUACGCAGUCACCAUGAAAAUGGAACAGAAUAAUGAAACUCUGAGGUCUCAUUAUAAGUGGCCAAAUAUUUGCACACAUACCUGUACAAUGAUAAGUCUUUUAAAAUGUGUUUUCCCUUUGGAUGUACAUGAUUUUGGCAUGUCCCACUCCACACACUGCUCUGCUAACUACAGUGUGUAUAGUAAACGGUUAAAUAUAGUCCACAACAAGUUAUUUGAUUAUAUGCGUCAUUUAAUCGUAUAUUUCUAUUCUCAUAUUAAACAUUUUGCAUAUGCCCCUGCGGUCCACCCUGGCGCUAUGGGUAUCUGCCCUUUUAAGAAACCCUCUGAUGUUUUCAGUGUUGUCUUUCUUCAAUGGAGGCUGAAACGCUGCAUAGCUGCAGAAUUUACAUUUCUGUUUCGUCAUUUUCAUCGUAUUAUGUGUAUCGUUAGAUGUUGUCCACUCUGUCAUAGUGAAAUAUCAAUAUCAAAACUAAAAUUAAAAAUAUAUUUGUUAGACAGUACACAGUCAGGUUGCUAACUGAGUGGUUGUAGCAGUAAUUACUGUAAUAAAAUGAAUAUGGAAUGAAUGAAUGUUAAAUAAAUGUAAUACUGUGGGGGGUGACAUGGGAAAGUCUCAAAGGCACCUUACUAUAUGUUAUUGACUCUUAAGUCAUAUUUUAACAAAUGGAAUUUAAAAAUACAACUUUAUUCUCAUAAUAUGCCUUUCAUCCUGGAAUUCUAAAAGAAAAUAAAAAAAAAAAAAAAAAAAAAAAAAAGAUUGUUUUUGAAAAAACAUGCCAAAGUUCUCUAGUGAUUUGUCACAAUCAGAGCUUUUAAUUGGCCCAAAGCUAAGGUAGGGAAGAGUAAUUGGUUUAUUAUGUAUGUUUUAUUGGCCGCUGGUCCCCAUAUGUAAGUAUGGACUUUUAUAAAAAUGAAUUUAGUGCAACUUAUCACGGACACCAGUUUGAGAACCCCUGGACUAUGUGUUGAUUUGUCCCCUGUUAGGCUUUUCUGACCUGCUGCUGUAUAAGGUUGAAGAUAAACUAUGUCGUGGCGUUUCUGCACAGUGUAUACACUCAGUGGCCUCAACAUUAGAUACGCCUGCACAUUAUGAAGUGGCUACUACACAUGUACUGAUUUUUAACAUCUUAACACUUCAGCACAGUGACCAUCAAAAGAAUUAACCACAGAAGUAGAUAUGGUGCUCAGUACAAUAUGGGGGAUACACCUAAUCUAUAAAUGAUAAAUUGCAUAAUACUUUUCAAUUCCUGUGGGCCCUGUAAAAGGCCACGAGGUGACAGUUGUCACUCUGCCAGACACCUUUCUGCUCCCUCACAAUCAUGUUUCCAUCAGGUGUCUUAAAAACAGUGAGUCAUUUGUUUUAUUUUUUAGGUUAAUUUCUCUUAACAGUUGUACGACAGUUUAAAACAUUGCAGACACAGACAAAGGUUUUAUGAUGGUGACAGUUUGUGUUUGAACCAGAUUAAUUCAUUUUACAGUUUACUAUGGGAAGAUUUUUUUUUUUUUUUAAUGAGAACUGGAGCAGAUCGUGUUCCACAUUGGAGGUUCCGCUGCAGUUGAAUAUCAAAUGUAACUUUUAUUACCUUUCCUUUUCAGUAUGUUAAAGAAAGUAGAUCACAUUUCUUGUAACUUUUGCAUUAUGAAAAUCCUUCAUUUGCUGUAUUUCAACCUCGACUGUGCACUGAAAGGAAGGUGACCCGUUUUGUUUUUUACUGUUUUUUUUUGCAUGUUGUGUAUUUAAUGUUCAUUCCACAAGCUUUGCUGUUGUGAGCGAGUAGAUGCAGAAGAGCAGACCGUCUUCUUAAAAUAUUGUAAAUUAUGACUAGGACACUUUCUAGUUCCGUUAUAUGAUGCCUCAUUUGUUAGCUUUUCCCUCAAGAUGCGUAUACCCUUUUUCAUACUUGCAUAGACCAAACAAGUACCAUACCUCAUUAAAGACUAUAAACAUUUGAA